AUGCAUAAAAGGGGGAUGAAGGAGUUGGUAGUUCCAGGUGUGAUAGCGGUGUCCGUGUUGGUGAGACUCGUAAUGGGCCUCGCGUCGUAUUCUGGAUGGAAUACUCCACCCAUGUUCGGGGACUACGAGGCACAGCGGCAUUGGAUGGAGAUAACUCUUCAUCUUCCAAUACGACAAUGGUACACAUAUGAUCUCCAGUAUUGGGGUCUUGACUACCCUCCGCUGACAGCCUACGUGUCAUGGCUGUGUGGAUUAAUUGCUCAUUGGAUUGAACCUCGAUGGGUGGCCCUCAACCAGUCACGGGGUAUCGAGACGCCAGCGAGCAAGUUAUUCAUGCGCCUGACCGUUGUCAUACUCGAGCUCCUUGUGUAUAUCCCAGCACUGGUCAUGUUCGCGCGAGUUUGGCAAGGCAGUCGAUCUAAACGAACCCAGGAACUAGCACUGUUGACAAUACUACUUCAACCUGCCCUACUGUUAAUCGAUCACGGUCAUUUCCAGUACAACUCCGUCAUGCUUGGCCUAACAUUGUUUGCGAUGAAUUUCUUUGCCACGGGUCAGGAUCUUCUGGGUGCCUUCUGUUUUGUGCUCAGUCUUGGGUUCAAACAGAUGGCUCUCUAUUACGCCCCAGCUAUCGGCUCAUACCUCCUUGCUAAAUGCUUAUACCUCGGCCCAACUGCAGGCGGAAAACUCUUUAUUCGUCUGGCGAUGGUCACAUCCCUCUCAUUCAUACUACUAUUCCUUCCAUUUCUUCCCCCCUUUUCGCCCCUCUCGACUGUCCUCCAUCCAAUCUCCCGAAUAUUUCCAUUCUCGCGUGGUUUGUUUGAGGAUAAGGUGGCCAACUUCUGGUGUGCGUCGAAUGUGGUUUUCAGAUGGAAGCAUUGGGCGUCUACAUAUUUCUUGCUCAAGCUAUCAACUUUGUUGACGGCGCUUGGCUUUUUGCCAAGUGUUGUAGUGCUUCUUCGAGCUGGGAUCAAGUUAUACAUGGCUUCAAUUGAGGACUCUGUACAAAGGAAAGAAAAGCUGUCCCAUACACCAUUCCUUCCGCUAUUGCCAUACGCGCUGCUUACAUCCUCGCUGUCAUUCUUCUUGUUCUCAUUCCAAGUGCACGAGAAGUCGAUACUACUGGCGCUCAUGCCUGUCACACUCCUUUUAUCAGGAGCGCCGGUUGAUUCACCCGUGUAUUCCUGGGGCAUUUUGGUCAAUAAUGUGGCUGUCUUCAGCAUGUGGCCACUUUUGAAGAGGGAUGGUUUAGCCGUCCAAUACAUUGCGACAUUGCUGCUGUGGAACAGGGUUAUUGGGUACAAUCCCGUAAGAUUACCACCGAAAUCAUUUAUCCAGUUCAUCUCCAUGGGUGCUUAUGCUGCUGCGAUCGCUUUACAUGUGCUAGAAUGGGUCAUAACGCCCCCAGCACGAUACCCAGACCUGUUCUCGGUGCUGAACGUACUGAUCAGCACCCCUGUUUUUGUUGUUGCAUGGUUGUGGAGCAUCAAAUGUGGAAUUGAAGUUGGUUGGGCGCUAGGGGGUCUGGGAGGCGAACGAAAGAAUGCAUCGGAUGAGAAGGUUACUGUGGUCAAAGGCAGCUACCGGCAGGUUGGAGGGCGAGCUGUCAGCCUUGGGUACGCGCAGUCACGGCGUCGUGAAGCGGACAGAAGCCGAGCAUCCAGUGUUGUAGCUGACGCUGUUUCGUAA